AUGGGAAAGCAAAUUUGGGAGCAGCAGGCGACGGACUUCGCCUGGAAGGAGGGCGAGGGUGUGUUCUCGCCGAAUGACCUGGUCGGGCUCGGACGCCCCGGUGCUGGGGUGGCGAACGAUGCGGGCGACUUGUUGCUCGUGCCGUACAGCAAGUACGACUUUGAGGAGAAGAAGAACAAGAAGUCAAUCUUCAUCGCCCCCAUCGAAGACCUGACUUUCAAACCGCUAGAAAUACCUGUAUGGCUACGAGACCCUUGUCGCGCUUAUCAGUCUAACUUGCUUCAAAAGCUAGAGAAGGGCGGCGAGGCAUUCUGGCUCGACAAGCGCACCAUCGGCCACGUCUUCGAAGGAGAGAACAAGACCCUUUCCUUCUACUCCAUCGACAUCAAAUUCUCUUCCCCCUCCAGCAUCACCUCGCCCGAUUCCCCUACCUUCAUCGGUACCUUCCCCACCGCCAGCGCCGCGAACUUCGUGUACAGUCCGGAAGCCAAGCGUCUGGUAUUCUCCGACGAGGUAUACGAGGACGGCGACCUGACGACGGUCAACGAGCAGGACAAGGAAUGGGAUGAGCGCGGGAAUACGGCUUUUGUGUAUGAUGCGCCAUACGUGAGGCACUGGGACAGGUAUGUGGGGCCGAAGAAGAGUGCGUUGUUCUCGGUGCCGUUCAGCCAGAGGCUGGAUGGGAAGUGGGUGCUGGAGCCGGAGUGGACGAAUUUGUUGAAGGGGACGGGGCAUAGCUCGCCGGUCGCGCCGUUUGGCGGUACGGAUGACUUCUCGGUGUCGAAGACGCACGUCGUGUACACUGCGAAAGACCCUGAUCUUCCGGAGGCGCUGCAUACGAAGCAGAACAUCUACACUGUGGACAUCACCGGCGCUUCCCCGCCGCGGGAGAUCACCAUGGGCAAGCACGGCGCCACCCACGCGCCCGUGUUUAGCACCAGCGGUACGAAAGUAGCAUGGCUGCAACAGGAUGAGGAUGGGAAUGAGGCGGACAAAACCAAGGUCGUGAUGUACGACCUCACGAGCCAUGUCUGGACAGCAGUUCUCAUGAGCUGGGAUCGCUCGCCUGAGGCGGUUGUGUUCUCAAAGGACGAUAGGAUGCUCUACCUCACGGCCGGGGACGAGGGCAGGACCAAGCUUUUCUCGUAUCCGUUGUUUAUGAUGCCACACCGUUUCACAGGAAAGCCUCGUGAUCCUGUCGCUCUCACCAGCACCGGCGCAGCCUCCGGCAUCCAGGCCUUGCCCGACGGCCGUAUCCUCUUCAGCCGCUCGUCGUUUACUUCGCCGAACAAUGUCUUCGUGGUCAGCGGGAGCGCUGCCGACCCUACGAACCCUCCCGUCGUCACCCAGCUCACCAACUUCACGUCCGACGACUUUGAAAGCAAGUUCCUAGCGGACGGCGAGGAGUUCUGGUUCAAGGGCGCACUGGACCGGGAUGUGCAGGGCUGGAUAUUCAAGCCAAAGGGAUUCGAGAAGGGCGAGGAUAAGGCGUGGCCGGUGGCGCUGUUGAUACACGGAGGCCCAGAAGACGCGUGGAAGGACCAGUGGUCGACUCGGUGGAAUCCGAAUGUGUUCGUUAAUCAGGGCUUCGUGGUCGUCAUGAUAAAUUCGACGGGGAGUAGUACUUUCGGGCAAGAGUUCUCGAGCGGUAUCAAGAAUGAUUGGGGUGGAAAGCCCUUCGUUGAUCUGAAGAACGGAUGGGAUUAUAUGCUCGCGGAGUACCCUGAGAUUGACGCCGAUCGCGCCGUCGCUGCCGGAGCAAGUUGGGGCGGAUUCGCGGUCAACUACAUUCAAGGUCAUCCCGAGCUCGGGUUCCACUUCAAGGCCAUGUUUUGCCAUGAUGGCGUCUUCGACAUCGCAUACCUCGGCCACUCGACCGACGAAUUGUUCUUCUUCAACUACGAAUGGGGCGGCCGCCCAUGGGACAAGGAGACGAAGGAGCUCAUCGACAAGUACAGCCCGUCACAGUUCGUCGACAAGUGGUCGAUCCCGCAGCUCAUCGUGCACGGGAGUAAGGAUUAUCGCCUGGCCGAGACGGACAGCAUCGCGGCGUUCCAUGCGUUGCAGCAAUUGGGUAUCCCGAGCCGGCUGGUCAUUUUCCCCGACGAGAACCACUGGGUGUUAAAUCAUGAAAAUAGUCUGAAAUGGCAUCACGAGGUGUUCCGCUGGUUCGACCAAUGGGUCGGCACGACGAAGGCCCCAUAA